CAGGUGUUUGGACUCCAGUGCUGCUGCUGCCUCAGAGCCGAGGAGUUUCGGAGGCGGUUGCCAUGGAGCCCGCCUGGCGACAGCAGGGCAGGGGGCGUGGCCGGAGCCAGAAUGGUCAGGGCGAAAGGUCGCGACCCCCGCAGAAGGAGAGAGAGAGGCCGGGGGCCGCUGCAGCAGGAGCGUGGGGGGCCGGACGAGGAGGGAGGACGAAGUCUGCGACGGCACCUGAACCUCAACGCGGUGUGUCCGUCCAAUCAAAGUUCGAGGAGAUCAGGAAGUCCAACCAGGCUGCCGCUCAGCGAUUGGCGGAGAGCCGCAUCAGCUCCUCCUCUGAUGAUGACGAUGAAGACGAGGACGUCGAGGUCGACCACGAGGACGGAAAGAGAGGGAAGAUCCUGGCGUCCACCUUCACCACCUACACCGACCAGACAGGUGGCGACGCCUCCGGUCUGCUCAGGACCGGUCAGUAUGUCAGCGACCUGUUUCAGUCCGGAGCUCUCACCUGCCUGAUCUGCAUCGCCUCCGUCAAGAGGACUCAGGCG